GAGUCGCCCCACCUCCAGGAAUCCCGGCGUCGCUAUCGCCUUCUACCUCUGUAAAGCUUAAUCUUUGACAAGGACUGAAGUGAGCCCGCCAUCCUGGACACCUGCAGAGACUCUCUUGUCUGCAGAAUAGAGUGCAGGCUCCCCCGAAGGAAUCUUGGUUUCUCCGUUUUGCCUUCUACUUUAAUUUGCAGAAGCCUGUCUCCUCUAGCAUACGCUCCAGAAUGCAGGAAUUGUCACAUUUUGCUUUAUGUCAUUUUCAUGCCAGAACUUUUCUUUUUAGGAGCUAAGUUAAAUGAAAAUGGCAGCACUGAUUGGCAUACACAAUGACGACUCUUGGACACAACCAGGCCCUGCAUAAUUUGUGCCCAUUAUCAUUUUACUAAAUUGGAUGUAUUUCACCAUGUUCCAAAUCAUCCAUGAAUUCUGCAAAUACUUGAUGGCCAUCCACUGCGUCCGAGGUUCUGGUGGGGACAUGCCAGUGAGAUAGGGUGAAGGUUUCAGUUCUCAUGUCACCCACGUUCUGCUGGAAGGAGAUCAGUCGUCAGAAAGGAAACAAAUACAUUUAGGUCAUGAAAUGUGCCACGAAGAAAACAAAGCAGCGUUCAGAUAAGGGAGAGCUCUUCAGAAACUACCCCCUGCAUCGAGCACCUGAGCAGACCUAAAUAUUGAGAAAGACGCAGCCUGGCAGGGAUCUGGCUCGUCGGCGGUUCACACAGAGGUGAAGCAAGGAGUGUGCGUAGGCCUCAGGGCACAGAUGAGCUUGGCAUCAUCAAGAAAAGGGAAAAGUUCAGGGGGGCGGAGCGUAGAGUCCCAACAGAAGAGUGAGAGGAAGUCAGAGAAGGAGGUUGCCACCGGGUCACGGUGGUGACAGUAAGAAGUCUGGGUUAAAGUGUCAGUGACAGACACCCUUCUGUGUCGGGAAGCAGCAUCAGUGACAACAAAGUCAUGUGAUCACGCUGAGCGAUUAAUGGACUACAGCAAGUUUUAUGGCUGGCUAUUCCAAAUCCAAAUGGGAGCGUCCUGCACUCAGAAAAUAAUAGAAACAUAAGGUCACAUAUUAAAAGGAUGCUGGGGCAUUCAUUCUUGAUGGAUUUUCUUGUAAGCACAACAAUGGCAACUGUUUAGUCAGACCUUGGAACUCCAGCUAUCCUUCACAUCAUUUUGCUCAGUUUUCCUAAUUUUCUCACCCUCAAACCAUGGAGACAGUCACUGGCUGAAUCUUGUCUUCAGCUGUCACACCAACUGAUUUCCACACGAAUGAUCUGGUUAGCUUUACUGGCGAUCAAAGCUUCUUAGUAGAGUUAUCCAGAAGAAUCUGACAAGCUUUGUGUAACCCUGUACUUCUGAGAGACCUAAUCAUGGUCUAGUUAUCUUUGACUGCCACAUAUGGAUUUCCACAAAUCUCCGAAGGAAACGGUCCUCAUUACAGGAGGAGGUGGCUAUUUUGGAUUCCGCCUUGGCUGUGCUCUGAACCAACAGGGAGUCCAUGUGAUUCUGUUUGACAUCAGCCGCCCUGCUCAGACCAUUCCAGAGGGCAUCCAGUUUAUACUGGGAGACAUCCGCCAUCUCUCUGACAUAGAGAACGCCUUCCAGGGUGUCGACGUGGCUUGUGUGUUCCAUAUCGCGUCUUACGGUAUGUCGGGGCGCGAGCAACUGAAUCGAAGCCUGAUUGAAGAAGUCAACGUGGGGGGCACAGACAACAUCCUCCAGGCGUGCAGGAGGAGAGGGGUGCCGAGAUUAGUGUACACGAGCACUUUCAACGUCAUCUUUGGAGGGCAGGUCAUCAGAAAUGGAGACGAAUCUCUGCCUUACCUGCCCCUUCACCUCCAUCCUGAUCACUACUCUCGGACCAAAUCUAUCGCUGAGAAGAAGGUGCUGUCAGCCAAUGGUACAGCCCUGGAGAGGGGUGGUGGGGUCUUGAGCACCUGUGCCCUGAGGCCGGCUGGCAUCUACGGGCCCGGAGAACAGAGGCACCUCCCCAGGAUAGUGAGCUACAUGGAGAAGGGCCUGUUCCGGUUUGUGUACGGAGACCCCAAGAGUCUGGUGGAAUUUGUCCACGUAGACAACUUGGUGCAGGCUCACAUCCUGGCCUCAGAGGCCCUGAAAGCCAACAAGGGCCACAUUGCCGCCGGGCAGCCCUACUUCAUCUCAGACGGCAGGCCCGUGAACAACUUUGAGUUCUUCCGGCCUCUGGUUGAGGGCCUGGGCUACAAGUUCCCGUCCAUCCGCCUGCCCCUGACCCUCAUCUAUUGCUUCGCUUUCCUGACAGAGAUGACCCACUUCAUCUUGGGGCGACUCUACAACUUCCAGCCCUUCCUCACCCGCACCGAAGUUUACAAAACCGGCGUCACGCAUUACUUUAGCCUGGAGAAAGCCAAGAAGGAGCUGGGGUAUGAGGCUCAGCCAUUUGACCUCCAGGAGGCAGUCGAGUGGUUUAAAGCCCACGGUCACGGCAGACUUCCCGGGAGUCGUGACUCCAAGUGUCUUGUUAGGGAUGGGCUGGUGAUCUUGCUCCUGGUCACAGUGGUUCUCGCAUGGCUGCUGCCUUCUGUGAUCCUGUCGGUGUGAAGGAGGAGCGGCACUGAGGUGGUUUUCAGGAAACACAAGUUUUAAAAGUAGAUAAUAGAUACCUGAUGUAAACAUUUGGAUCUUCAAGUUGCUACUUAGGAAUAAAUUCUUGGGGGACUUCACCCUGGCUGUCCAGUGGUUAAGACUGAGUUUUCAGGGCAGGAGGUGUGGGUUUGCUCUCUGGUUGGAGAAUUAAGAUCCCAUGUGCUAUGUGGCACAGCCAAAAAAAAGAAAUUGAUUCCUGGAUUAAGUCUUCAUUUCCUACCUCCCUGCACAAAUCCUGAAGGGAGAAAAUAGAAACCAGGAUAAGUUUGAGAUUCAGUUCCUUGGGUCCUCCUCCUUCAGACAUGGACAGUAGACAUCAUUCUGAAGCCCACAGAGCUAAACUCCCUCAGAUGGGAAAAGUCUUACUUGAAUUUCUCAGAAGCCAAAAAUGUACUUAUUUUCAUUCCAUAUGUUCUGCAUUGACUUCACAGAGGUUGAAACACACACUGAUAUGGGAAUGGCAAAAUGCUAACAGGCUUGUACUUGUGUGAAAAACACCAAGUUGAACUAUGUCCCGACAGCCCAAGCCUCUGAGAAGAUGGUCGCUUUUGCAGGAGAGGUGGUUGCUAGUCACAGCAUACGUUCUAGGAAUGAGUUUUUGCCCUUCAUGACAUGAAGGUGUUAUACCUGUGUGACCACAUGGUAAUGUUUGAUGUUGAAUAGACAUUUAUCUUACCUCACAGGAUUUUUUGGAGGGUUAAAUUAGACCAGGUUAUAAAGUGCCACUCACCACACUUACAAGCCAUUAUUUUUAUUAAUAUUGAUUAUUAUACAUUCCUUAUGAGGGUUUUCUUCCUCCAGGUAUUCUGUUUAGAGGGUGCUAUUGCUAGUGACUUUUCUGGAAUACCUUUGUGACGUGCCUUCAGAGUCUAUAACAAGUGUUCCUAAAUAUAUUCAGUGUUGAUAAAGUUGUGGUCUCCAAGGAGAGAUUGAAAUCUGGGAACAGCUAAAAAUCUGAUGAUUGAUGAGAAUAUUCAAGCUAAUGAUACCAUUUGCAAUUAAAAAAUAAAGCAUAACUCUCAACUAA